AUGAUUCAAUGACUGUAUCUUAUUUGCAGAUCUAAGCCUUGCUCAUCAGAAAGAUGGACAGCUAUGGGUUCUCCAGCGAUAUGUUCAGCGGCAGAUCGGUUUUGGGUGAGGACAGUUCAGUCAUGGCCCGAAUGCAGAAGAAGUUCUGGAAGACCAAGCAGGUUCUGAUCAAAGCCACCGGAAAGAAGGAAGAUGAGCAUGUGGUGGCAUCUGAUGCAGACCUUGAUGCCAAAUUAGAGUUUUUCCGUUCAGUCCAGAGCACUUGCACAGAACUCCUGAAAGUGAUCGAGAAAUACCAGCAAAGAAUCACACAUCUCUCUCAGGAGGAGAACGAGCUCGGGCUGUUCCUGCGCUUCCAGGCAGAACAUGAUAAAACAAAAGCAGGCAGUAUGAUGGACGCAACCAGUAAAGCUCUUUGCUGCUCUGCCAAACAAAGGUUGGCUUUGUGUACUCCCCUCCAUCGACUGGAACAGGAAGUGGAGACAUUUCGGAGAAGAGCCAUUGCUGACAGCCUCCUGACAGUGGGCCGGAUGGAGAAAGCUCGGACCGAAUACCGCGCUGCAUUACUCUGGAUGAAGGCCUCCUCACAGGAGCUGGACCCAGAUACUUACAAACAACUGGAGAAAUUUCGCAUGGUUCAGGCUCAGGUAAGAGAAACAAAAGUGUGUUUCGAUAAGCUGAAGAAUGAUGUUUGUCAGAAAGUGGACAUGCUGGGAGCCAGUCGCUGCAACAUGCUGUCACAUUCCUUAUGCACUUACCAGACGACGCUCCUUCAGUACUGGGAGAAGACUGCACAUGUGAUGUCUGGCAUCCAUGAGGCUUUUAAAGGAUAUGUACCCUACCAGUUCACUACUCUUAAAGAACUGAGAGACCCGCUUGACCAGAUUGCAGCCACACAGCCAGCAGAGGACAAAAAAGACGAGGAAAAGAAGACUCAUCUAGACAAUCUAGUUUCACUUGAGGAUGAACAUCUGGGUGAAUCAUCUGAUACUGUUUCUACACUUGCAGUAGAUGGACAGAGUAGAGGAUCUGACAGCUCUUUGUGUGCCAGUUUGGACUCUGCGUUGAAUGAGCAGUUAGGCCCCAUUGGUGGAUCCACCACAGAUGAUGACCUCCUAUUAAUGACCCCUGAACCCGACUCCAUCCAUUCCCUCACUCCAGCCCUACACUCAUCCAUGUCCAUUAUGCAGCCUCAAAUACUGCGGGAGGCCUCCACACCUUUUGCUAUUCAGUGGGAUGCAGGCACCUUAUCCUCCAGUCUGCAACCUCAGAUAGCAGGCAGGGAUCUGUUGUCUGAGACUUUCCACUCUGCUGAAGGGAAAGAGGAGGAGGGAGAGCGAGGUGAUCUGGCAUUCCUGCAGGAUCUGCUGAGUCCCGGGGCAGCCGGUGGCACUAGUGAGUUCAGCAAGGCCUGGCAGGAAGCUUUCGGAUGUUUUGAAGCCCCUCCUCCUCCAGUCGCUGCUGCUUCACCUCAAACAGAAACAACAAACACUCCCUCUGGCUUUCUGCCAUCACAGCUCCUGGACCACAGCCUCAGCGCUACAGGAUGGGCGACUCCACCUAUGUUUCAGGCUCAACCGCUCCAACCACCAUCUACUGGAGGACAAUCUCAGCCUACACUGAACACUACAAACUCUUCAGCAAAUGCACCCAAAGGCAGUUCCCGGGACAUGUCUGCCUGGUUCAACCUCUUUGCAGAUCUUGACCCUCUGUCCAACCCAGAUGCUAUAGGACGCAGUGAUCAGGAGUUCCUCAAUGCCUGAGGUGUUAUUGAUGGUAUGGAGCUGAAUAACUUCCUACAAAUAGUUUGUCCAUCAGAAUGACUGAAUGGAGGGCAGAUCCCAAGUCUUUAUUGGGAGCUGGAACACUACAGUACCUCUCCUUAAAACCAUCCAACCUGAGCCAAGGAAGCAUCUAGAAACCUCAAUCCAAAUCCACCACCGGAAGGUUUCUGAGCUACGGAAAUGUGUCUCCUUCCUGCUUUCUUCGUGUGUGAGUGUGUGAAUUUACUGUAUGCUCAUUAGGACACAGAAGGGUCUUUAUUCCUAUAUCACAACAGUGUUGUUACAUGAAAAUAAAGUAUGUUACUUUAUGAAAUACCCGGAUUUAAAGGAUCACAAAGGUUGGGUUUUUGCCCAUUUCUUAUUAUGAGGGACCAAAAAAAGAUGUAUAUUUGGAUUGAUUUGAGAGUUUUAAUGUCCAGAAACAGGGUUACUUAUUUCUAACAUCUAUUAUAGAUUAUAGACUGUAUUUUUAAUCCUCACAAACACCAAAUGCAUAUGCAUAAAUCACUAAAACAUAUUUUUGAAGUCACAAUCACUGGAAUAAUUUAACCCUUAAUUAUACAACAAAUGAAAUUUAUUUAUUAUUACAAUAAAAAGUGUUACUGUAAACUAUAUAUGCAAGUGUUGUGCCAUUUGUUUGGUGGGAAUGAGAAGGUCACCUUUCAGUGAAGCUAAUAAUAGAUGAGCAAUUCUUGUUUUCACUGAUAAAAAUCCUUGAAAAAAUGUUCACAAAUGUUCUUCACUGUGAUUCAAAACACUGCAAUGUGAGCUUGUGAAUGUCUUUUGUAUGUGAUACUUUGUCACCUUCAGCACCAAAUUAUGUCCCUGUCUUACUUUAGCAAUCUAGAAUACAUUUCAUUUUAUCCUAGAUUUUCAUUGUGCAUUAAUCAAAUAUCAGUUUGCUGUCGCUUUGAUAGUUCAUAAAAAUUGCUAACACUUUACAAUAAGGCCCCAUUUGUUAACAUUAGCCUACUGAGUUAACUCGGAUUCAUUAUAAACAAUGUUUUACAGCAUUUAUUAACCUAUGCUGAUGUAAAAAUCUAGUUCGAAAUGAAUUAACUUCAGUUAAAAUUAGUCUUUCAACCUUAAAUGUUAGUAAGUGCUGCAGUUAAUUAAUAAUAAAUGCUGUAGAAAAGCUGCUUAUUGUUAAUUCUUGUUAAUAUUGUCAGUACAUGAAACCUUAUUGUAAAGCGUCACAGAGGAAUCAAGUUGUUUCUUGCACUAAAUCAUCUUGUCGAUUGUUCUAGGACGUAUGUGGUCUGUUUUAGGCAUAGACUUGUUUUGUUGAUCUGAAUGGUUUGUCUAGGUGGAGAAUUUUUCACAAAUUAGCUCCACAUAUCAUGGAGCACAUGUUUGUUUUUGUCUUUGAGUGCAGUUUAUCAUUUUGAAGUGUCUGUAUUAGAGACCUGUGUUUGGAGCUAAUGUUAUCUUAUUUUAUCACUGUCUUUUUUUUUUUGGUAAGGAAAAAGAAUGUACACCACACCAUUCUGCUGCUUUCAUCUGUUUAUUUUAUGCAACUUUGCCUUUUUUCAGUUAAAUAAUGUACAAUUUCAUUGAAGGAAACUGGAAUGGGAGAUCGUGCAUCUAAGAGCAAAUAAAUUUGAGUCAAAUUC